AUGUCGGUGAAGGUUUGGGUAAAAUGCAGUGGGAUGACAGACGACGAGGCACUUGGAAUCCAAGUUCUGUCGGAUGGGACGGCAUUGGACGUCGUUGAGGCCUGCAAAGGGGUGUUCCGGUGGCCGAAGUUAUCUACCGCAGCGUUGUGCACUGAAGGCGGUGAGAUCGUUCCACCUUCCUCGGCAGCGGCAUCCCUCACAAAUCUCACACUCCAAAUCGUUCAGUUUCCGCCGCUGGCGUCGGUUCUGAAGCGCAAUGCGUCCCAUAGACCGCUCUCAACUGGUCACAGAAAGGACCAAGUGCCAACGACUAGUACACCCUCCAUCCUUUGUUUCCAAAAUGUUACUAUUCCCCGUCGUGGGAAAAGGAGGAUGAACCCCAAUGCUAAAAAACGAGAAGCAGUGGGUACCCCGACAAGGAUUGCCCGACUAUGGGAUAGUUUGCCUGUGGCGGAGCUUGCAUUUGUCAGUGGGAGCGACCCGCGCCCCGCGCAAGCACUUUGCGCCUGGAGCUGCCGGAGUACUAUCUUUUGA